AACAGUUCAGUAUUUUCAUUGCAAGCAAAUAGACGUGCAACUGCGCAGCAUUUGUAGUUCCAUAAAUACAAAUAUACAAGUUAAGGAUUAAUAAGGUGUUUUGUCGGAAAACCAACCAAAACCAGCCGCCAUGGGGAAAAAGAAACCGCAGAAGAUAGUUCUUGGCGCAGUUGGGCAAACGGUGCCAGGGGCACAACAGCAACAACAGCCACCGCAACAACAACAACAACCACAACAACAGCAGCAGCCUCAACAACGGCCCCAACAGCAGCAGCAGCCACAGCCUCAACAAAGGCCACAGCAGCAGCAGCAGCAGCCACAAAGUAUACAGCAGCAGGGACCCCCGCAACAGCAAGGGCAUGCACAGAAGCAGCAACAGCCGCAGGGCCCUCCACAACAGCAGCAGGGCCAUCCACAACAGCAGCAGCAGCAGGGGAAUCCGCAGAAAAAGCAAAAGAAGCAGCCGCAAUCGGGAGGUCCACAGCAGCAUCAGCAGGGACCUUCACAACAACAGCAGCAACAUGCGCAAAAACAGCAUGAACCGCCGCAGCAGCAACAGCAGCAACCACAGCGCCCACAGCAGCAGCAGCAGCAACAACAACAGCGCCCACAGCAGCAGCAACAGCAGCAGGGCCCCCCACAACAGCAGCAGCAGCAACAACAGCGCCCACAGCAGCAGCAACACAAACCGGCGGCUCCCGCUGCUGCCACCGGUGGUGCCGUGCACCGGGACGCUUCCGUUGCGUCAACCAAAUCGUCCAGCUCCGGUGACGGCACGCUGCAGACGAUCGAGGAGAACCUGGGCGCAAUGCGCAUAGCGAAGGAGAAGAUUCGCCGAACCGAUCUGCGACCGGUGCUGGUGCGGCGCGGGGCGCACGGUAAGCGCGGCAAGCCCGUCUCGGUCGAGGCCAACUUUUUCCGCCUGCUGCUGGACAAGCUGAAGGGUACGGCGUACCACUACGACGUCGCGAUCGAACCGGACCGGCCGAAAAAGUUCUACCGGCCCGUGUUUGCGCAGUUCUGCCGGGAAAACUAUCCGGGCGCCAUGCUGGCGUUCGACGGGCAGAAGAACGCGUACACCACGCGCAAGCUGAGCGACAAGAAGGCGAAGGUGGUGUUCCAGCCGGACGACGGUGGCAAGCAGCGCGAGUACAUCGUGCAGGUGAAGGAAGCGGCCCAGCUCGAUUUGGGCGUGCUGAAAACGUACAUGAAAUCGAAUGAGGAGACAAUGGCCAAACCGAUGAGUGCCAUCCAAUGUCUGGAUGUGGUGCUACGCAGUGCCUAUGAAAAUAAUCCCAAUUUUGUGCGGUUCAAGCGCGCCGUGUACGCAGUGCCCCGCCAAUCCAUCGACAUCGGUCGGGGUCACGAGCUGUGGUUCGGGCUGUUCCAGUCGGCGCUGCUCGGUUCGCGCCCAUACCUAAACGUGGACGUGUCGCACAAAGCGUUCCCGAUGGGUGCGCCGGUGCUGAAGGUGAUCGGCGACUUCAACCGCGGCCAGGUGGAUCAGGUGAGCGGCUGGGUGCAGCAGGAGCUGCACAGCUUCCUCAAGGGCAUGGACGUGGUGUACACGAACCCGACCACCAGGAUGGCCAAGCGGAUGCGCUGCAACGGGCUGCGCGAACCGGCCAGCCAGCAGAUGUUCAAGCUGGAGGAUGGGACGCGCCUCUCGGUCGCCGACUAUUUUGCCCGCAAGCUCAACUUCCGGCUGCGCUACCCGAACCUGCCGGUGCUGCACGUCGGCAGCACCGUGCGGUCGGUGUACGUGCCGGCCGAGCUGUGCGACAUACCCGCGGGCCAGGCGCUGAACAAAAACAACCCGGAGGAGUGUACGCGCGACAUCAUCCGGUACGCGGCGACGAGCGCACCGGAGCGCAAGCGCAAGAUCCUCGACCUGGCGUCCCAGAUCCAGUACAACAAGUGCCCGACGCUGCUCGACUUCGGCAUCACGGUGGGCAACGAGUUCGAGAAGGUGCCGGCCCGCAUCAUCGACGCACCGCCGAUCGAGUACGCGCGGGGCGAGAAGAUUCCCCCGCAGCGGGGCGUGUGGCGCGCGGAGGGCAAGAACUUUAUCGUACCGAGCACGGAGCUGAGCAAGCGGCCGCUGCGCUGGCGCAUCCUCAACCUGGACUCGUACACGAACGAGGCGACGGUGAAGAAGUUUGGCGAGAUGCUGCAGUCGCAGGCAAUGCGCUGCAACGUGCAGAUGGAACCGUUCGAUAUGGCGAAAACGUACGUGCUGGUGCGCGAUAUGCGCAACUGUCUGCGCGACAUCGGCACGCUGCUGCAGAACAUCAAGCGGGAGGAACCGGCGGUCACGAUCGUGGUGCUGCCGAGCCGGGGCGAUGCGUACGCGAAGGUGAAGCAGAAGGCGGAGCUGGCGAGCGAACGGAUCGGGCUGCUGACGCAGUGCGUGAAGGGCAUGACGGUGGCCAAGAAGGGCACCGACAUGAGCACGCUCAACAACAUCAUGCUCAAGAUCAACGCCAAAACGAACGGCACGAACCACUGCAUCUCGCAGGUCGCGGUGCCACCGCUCGGACGCGGCAAGGUGAUGUACAUCGGGGCGGACGUUACGCACCCGCUCAGCGAGAACGAGCCGAGCGUGGUGGGCGUGGCGGCACUGUACGAUCUGACCGGCUUCCGGUACAACUGCAGCGUGCGGCUGCAGGGCGCCCGGGACGAGAUGAUCCGCGACCUGGAGAACAUCGUGCAGCGGCAGCUGCUGCUGUACAAGCAGUACAACGGUGCGCUGCCCGAGCGCAUCAUGUACUACCGGGACGGUGUGUCGGACGGCCAGUUUGCGGAAAUACUUACGAUCGAGCUGCAGGCACUGCACGCGGCGAUUGCGCGCGUCGAGCCGGGCUACAAGCCGGCGGUGACGUUCAUCGUGGUGCAGAAGCGCCACCACACGCGCUUCUUCCCGCAGCCCGGCUGCCCGACCGAGGGCAAGAACGGUAACGUACCGCCCGGCACGAUCGUGGACAGCGAAAUCACGACCCCGGAUCGGUACGAGUUCUACCUGGUGAGCCAUGCGGCCGUGCAGGGCGUCGCCAAGCCGACCAAGUACGUCGUGCUGUACGACGACUCGAACUGCCAUCCGGACAGUCUGCAGGCGCUGACGUACAAUCUGUGCCACCUGUUUGCGCGCUGCAACCGGGCGGUAUCGUACCCGGCCCCGACCUACUACGCCCAUCUGGCCGCCUACCGCGGCCGGGUGUACAUUAAGGACCGACGGAUCAACAUGAACGAUCUGGAAAAUGCUUACCGGGACAUUCAAAUCAUCGACACGGUCAAUAAUUCCACUCCCAUGUUCUUUGUUUAAAUGCAAUGUCUGUUUUUUUAUGUGGAACCCCAUUACCGGGAAAGAAGGAGAACGUCCAGAGUAGCGAGGAAGGAAGUAAAUGUUUCUGCAUGUUUGAAAAAAAAAAGAAUGAAGCUUUAAGUGAAGUUUAUUGCGCUGUCUCUCUUAUGAUGGACCAAAUUUCUUUUCAUGAAGUAGACCUUUUGAUUUUUCCUCACUUUUUUCACUAUUCUCCAGCGUUAUAAAAUUUUACAUGUUUAAAACAUUCACAAUCUCAUUUAAUCCAUUAUUACAUUUAUUACAUAAGCUAGCAUGUUCAACCCCAAUGCGCCCUAUUUGUUUGUUUCGUAUUGGUGAAAUUGCAAUGGGAAAUGUGAUACAUGUUACAAUUUAUAUAUCCUACAACUAAAUGUUUAAUUAACCAGCUAUAAUAACUUUUAUAAAACAUAGAAAACAUUAUAAGAUCAACGAAAAAUAUUAAAAAAAAACAAAAAAAAGGUUGAUCAUUAAUAAAACUAGGGUUAAAGGCUUCGCUUCGGCACUGAAGCGUGUCUAUCGGA